AUAACACUCAAUAACAAUACCAAAUUCCCUUGUUCUUUCCUCCUUCCCACACUACCACUCCCAUGGCUUCCACUCCUCACUUUCUUCUCUUCCCCUUCAUGGAACAAGGCCACAUGAUCCCUAUGAUCGAUCUCGCCAAGCUUCUUGCCCUCCAUGGCGCCAUUAUCACCAUUUUCACCACCCCCAUCAACGCCGCUCGCUACCACUCUGUUUUAUCUCGUGCCAUCCACUCUGGCUCCCAAAUCCAUGUCGUCCAAGUCCCAUUUCCCGGCAACAAAGUCGGCCUCCCUGAAGGCUGCGAGAGUGCUGAGUUGCUACCAUCAUUUCGUUCCAUGUUCACCUUCUUCAGAGCUACAUAUCUCCUUUACGAUCCUGCCGAUGAACUGUUGCAGCAACUACGUCCUCGACCUACCGCCAUCAUUUCCGAUUGUUGCCAUCCUUGGACCUUACGCCUUGCUCACAAACACAAUAUUCCUAGGCUCGUUUUUUACAGUUUGAAUUGCUUCUUUUUCCUGUGUCAGCAGGAUUUAGGAAUGAAGGAGACCCUUAUUCGUUCUAUAUCUGAUUACGAAUUUGUAACUUUAGUAGAAGAAUUCAAAUUUCGCAAGGCGCAACUACCUAAAUUCAACGACGAUUUUGUGGCUUUUAUGAAAGAAUCGAACGAAGCCGAUAUGAUGUCAGAUGGCGUGAUUUUAAAUGUAUUUGAGGAGUUAGAGCCUAAGUAUAAUGCGGAGUAUAAGAAAAUAUUUGGAUCGCCGGACAGGGUGUGGUGCGUUGGCCCUCUUUCGCUUUGCAACGAAAGCAAACUCGACAGAGCGGAAAGAGGAGACAAAGCCUCAAUUGACGAACACGAAUGUACCAAAUGGCUGGAUGAGCAAGAACCAUGUUCGGUCGUUUACGUGUCGUUGGGAAGCGCUUGCAAUUUGGUGACCGCGCAACAUAUAGAGCUUGGAUUGGGGUUGGAAGCAUUAAACAAGCCUUUCAUUUGGGUCAUACGAAAAGGGAAUUUAACAGAGGAGCUACUGAAAUGGCUUGAAGAGUAUGAUUUUGAAGAGAAGAUCAAAGGGAGAGGCUUUUUGAUUCGUGGGUGGGCGCCUCAAGUUCUUAUACUUUCACACUCUUCAAUCGGGUCUUUUUUAACACACUGCGGUUGGAAUUCGAGCAUCGAAGGGAUUGCAGCCGGCGUGCCGAUGAUCACUUGGCCGCUUUUUGGAGAUCAAAUAUACAACCAGACGUUGAUUGUGGAGAUACUCAAAAUCGGCGCAAGUGUGGGGGUGGAAAUGGGUAUGCCUUGGGGAGAGGAAGAGGAGAAGGGGGUUGUAGUGAAGAGAGAAAAAGUGAAAGAAGCCAUUGAAAUGGUAAUGGAAGGAGAAAAUAGAGCAGAGAUGAAACAGAGAUGCAAAGAGCUUGCUGAAAUGGCGAAGAGAGCUGUAGAAGAAGGCGGCUCCUCUCACCGGAACCUCAGACUCCUAAUUCAGAAACAUCAACAACUCUGAAGGUUUUUCUAAAUUCAAUUAUGUAUUGCUGAUAUAUCUUCUUUUCAAUUGCGAGAUGUGUUGUUCUAAAUAAAGUUUGGUGCUCAGCUCAUAAUAAAUUUGGCAAUGUUACUUCUUCA